GUUCUCACUCUCCUUCGUCAUCCUCUUCUUCUUCUUCCUUUAGUUUUAUACUCUCUCUUGCGUUUUCUCGCUAUCUCUCUUUGAUUUCAUAUCUUCAAUGAGAAAACCUUGUUGUGAGAAGAAAGAAACAAAUAAAGGAGCAUGGACUAAGCAAGAGGACCAGAAGCUCAUCGACUAUAUUCACAAACAUGGUGAAGGUUGCUGGAGCUCCCUCCCUCUGGCCGCCGGAUUGCUUCGAUGUGGAAAAAGUUGCCGUUUGAGAUGGGUAAACUACUUAAGACCAGACCUCAAACGUGGUAAUUUUGGUGAAGAUGAAGAGGACCUUAUUAUCAAGCUCCAUGCACUUUUGGGAAAUAGGUGGUCAUUGAUAGCUGGAAGAUUGCCAGGACGGACUGAUAAUGAAGUGAAGAACUAUUGGAACACACAUUUGAAGAGGAAGCUUAUGAAGAUGGGAAUUGAUCACCCUGAUAAUCAUCGACUGACAGCAGGAAAUAAUCCUCUUCUUAAUAAACCCAUUACAAGUAAACCAGCUGUGAUCAGCUUUACUAAUCCUACAAUUAAUUAUGGUGUCGAGAGCAAAAAGACUGCACUGUGCAUUGUCCCUGACCUAAAUCUUGAUCUUACUAUAGGCCCUCCACCUCUCCCAUAGUCCCAUUCACUGCAGUUCGACUUCCAUGCAUUCCUGCUCAUAUUAGUUGCAGGACAUGUUCAACUUAUCUAGUUGUAAUUUGCUUCUAUAUACAUAUACAUACAUACAUACAUAUAUCUAUAUAUUAUAUGUGUGUGUGUAAUAUAUUCA